AUUGCGGGGAGAUUAGUCGUCUGUCAUCUCCCUAACAGUGCUCUAGGAUGACUGUGUCAGUAGCUGCCCCUAUUCUAAAUGAGUACUUGUUGAAAUAUUGAAGAUAGACUUUAAAUGUAAUUUCCUUUUUCAAGUCAUGGUAAAAUUGCUUUACAUUUUUCUUGUCAAAAUGCCUUACCACUAAAUGUAGCAAAGGAAUGUAUCCCUCAUUUCCAAGUCUUUCUUCACAUUGGCCAGUAGUCUGAUGCUCUUCAAGCAUAUAUUUGGAAAAAUACAUCCAGAGGUGCAUCAAGCAAAGUGCAUUUUUUUAGUGCAGUUGUCAUUUUUUUUGCACGAUGCAGCAAGUGCACUAGUUUCGGAGAAAUGACUACAACUCCAAACACAUUUUGCCACAUAUCCUAUGCAAUUGUCUGUUUGGCUACAUUUCUUGUGUUUGCAAGUGCUCUGCACUUAUUGAUGCUUGGCACAACGCAGCAGAGCUCGAUUUACAACUUUAAUGAACGUGGUUUAAGUGCAACUAACUGUGGGGAAAUUGCAGCAGCUGAACUUGUAACGUAAAUGAGCCCUACGAGAUGCAUGUCUAACCCUAUCUUUCUCACCAUCCAAUUUCCCUUCUUUUUAAUAAAUGUCUUAGCUAGUGGUAACAAUGAUAUUACAUUUAUUUACUCUUCUUUAAUUUAUCCCUCACUGCGGUAAAUGGAGACCUAAUGGAAUAACAUCACUGGUAAAGGCACCUCCAAAUGAACUUGCAGACACUGUUGUUUUCUGUUGUGGUACCACAAGUUUUAGAUUAUUUAGCAAUAAAACAAGCUGAAUAUGAAUGAAUGAAUAGCUUUGUGCCCCCCUGCUAGUUGGAAUGUGGAAUCUGUUGUGUAGUUUUGACGUUCAGUUGCCUGCUUCUGCUGAUCUGGUAAACCAGAGAGAGGAGGGGAGGGGGGGUUACUGCAGCUAUGAGAUUGUCAGCUGGUCUCUGUACUUCCGAUCCUGUGAGGAGGAGGAGGAGGAGCAGCUGUGACAGAGCCUGCUGUAAAUGAGAGAGCACUGUAGCAGCUGAUUUUGCCUGGCUUAGCUCGUGAUGGGAAGCAAUCCUCUGCUAAAGCACCCUGGACCCACUGAUAUUUCUAAAGUGCUAGGGGGAAAGGGAAGGCCAGACUGACGUGCUUUCAGUGCUGGUAUGAGCUGCCAGUCUAGCUCUCUUAAGUGCGGCCACCUUCUGGUUGACCCUCCUACUCCUUAUAUGUGCUGAUCCGGAUGUAGACGCGUUAGGGGCAGAUGCCUUCUUCCUCUUCAAAGGAUUGGCCCUGACAGGUUCCUGUGCAUCUUCAGCAUCCCCCGCCUCUUCGGAUGCGCAGGCUUCGUUCACCUCCACUUCUUCCUUUUCCUGCCUGCAACAGACUAGGCUCUGGCAAUGGCCUCCACUCAUCUUUCCUUCUUGAGCCAGUCCAACAUCUCUUCAGGGCUCUGCUGUAGAGUCGCCACCGCUUGAGCAAAUUUUGAAAGCAUCUUGACACGCUGGGAGUCUCAAGAUCUGUCCCUAUUCCAAGCUGGCUCUUACAGAAACUAAUAUGGAAAGAGGAAGAGGACAGAGGGAAGGUGCCGGUGUAAGCCGUAAUAUUUACCCACAGCAGUACAGCUAUCCUUCAUCACAGAGUUUAGAGAUACAAGAGCUUGCAUCUAAACGAGUAGAUAUUCAGAAGAAAAGGUUUUACCUGGAUGUAAAGCAGAGUGCAAGAGGACGUUUCUUAAAGAUAGCAGAAGUCUGGAUUGGAAGAGGAAGGCAAGACAAUAUCAGGAAAAGCAAGCUGACUUUGUCUUUGUCUGUAGCUGCUGAAUUAAAAGACUGUUUAGGUGACUUUAUAGAGCACUAUGCUCAUCUGGGACUGCGUAGCAGUCAUGCACAGAGGAGUGAACAUGGAAGUGACAAAGAACAUGAACCUAGAAGAAGACCACACCCAUCUUCCCCUUCUGGAUCUGUAGGAUCAGAAGAACCCAUGACACACAGUGUUCUAAAAACUGAAUAUAUUGAAAGGGACAACAGAAAAUAUUACCUUGAUCUUAAAGAGAACCAGCGAGGUCGUUUUUUACGUAUUAGGCAAACAAUGACAAGAGGUCCUGGAAUGAUUGGUUAUUUUGGUCAGAGUUUAGGCCAGGAGCAAACUAUAGUUUUGCCAGCGCAAGGGAUGAUUGAAUUUAGAGAUGCUUUGGUCCAACUUAUUGAAGACUACGGAGAAGGAGACAUAGAGGAAAGAAGAGGUGGGAAUGAAGAACCUCCUGAGCUUCCAGAAGGAACUUCUUUCAGGGUAGACAACAAAAGGUUUUACUUUGAUGUGGGCUCCAACAGAUAUGGCAUUUUCUUAAGAGUAAGUGAAGUUAGGCCGCCUUAUCGCAACACAAUUACUGUCCCUUAUAAAGUCUGGACUAGAUUUGGGGAUAAUUUUGUUAAGUAUGAAGAAGAGAUGAGAAAAAUUUACAACAGCCAUAAAGAAAAGAGAAUGGAUGCACGUGUGGACAGCAGUGAAGAGCAAGAGUGUCCUGAAUAAAACAUUUGUAAAAGCACUUUAACAUUUUACAUGUCUUUUAUUUGGAGACAAAUGCAGGCUUUCAAAAGGAUUUUCCGUUUUGUUGUUGUUUUUUUUUUUUAGCUGUGUGUCAUUCAAGAGUCUGGUAUGUAUAAACUACAACAGAAACACACAAGUGAGUAUACCAGCCUCCUUAGAGCUACUUCAGUAGAUUCAAGACUAUAGAAGUAUGUUUUUGAUCAGCACAAAAAGUUCAACACGUAAAUACCUUAGGUAAGGCUUGAAUUGCACUAUCAAAUCUAAUUCCUUUAUAUCUAUAUUUCUACCUGUAUAGAUAUAUUCUACACGUACAGAAAGAAUUAUUAUCUCAAAUUACUUUUGCUGUAUGUAUUUGGUUUGAAAAGAAAAGCUUUGCCAAGCUUAUUAUAUACUGGGCAUUUAAUACUGUGAAUGUAUAGGAAAUGCAUUUACAUUUUUAAAAAGAUGAAAUAUACGAGUUUAAGUAGCUGCUGGAUACUGUAUCAAACUGUCAGAGUGACAGUAUAGGAAGCUGGACUGUGGGUGUUUUAGUGCUCGGCUGUUUACGAUGUUUAUAGCCAAGGAAUAUAUAUAUAAAUAUAUAAACAUCUCAUUAUGAUAUAAGCUAUUUAAAUGUAUGAUUACAGAUAAACAGUUGGGAAAAAUGGGAGGAUAAAAAGAGCCUUUACCUUUUUUAAAUCACAGUGUUGCCUUCAGAUUUAUAAAUAUUGCAGAGGUAAAAUAAGGUAAGACAAGUGACAUUUCUUGGUUAUGGCUCAAGAACAAAAAUGUUCUCUUUUUUUCACAACUGUUCUCUAAAUAUUGGUGCACCUACCUGUAGGUCUGUUCUAAGCUGAUGAUUUGUUUAAACUCAGAAUAUCUAUUUGUGCUGGGUUCUGAUUAAAAAAAAAAUGGCAGUUGCUAUGAUUAGAUGUUUAAUAGUAGUGUGGUGCAGCAUCCUAUAGCAAAAAAUAUGAAUGGGUAAAGAUAUUGGAUCCACAAUAACAAUGAGAGAGGGUUCUCAUUAGUAUUAGUGAACAACAAAAUCAUAUAAAAUUUGCCCUUACCAGUGUAUUUUUUUGCACAAUGGUUGCUGAAUUUGUAUGUUGGUGUAGAAGCACUGAAAAGUUUUAUUUUGUUAAAAAAAAAUAUAUAUAAAUAUAGAUAUAUAUAUAUGCCAUUAGUGUUAAUUUCAUUAGUUAAAUGAAACAAUAUAUAUAUAUGUAUAAAAUAAUUAUGCAUGUAAGGAAUACCCAGAAAGUUACUUUUAGUGCAGUUAAUAAGUGGGGUACACAGUUUGUAUCACUGAAUGCAUUUGCUGCUAAUCUCAGUGCCUGUAGUAAGGGGGAAAAAUAAUCACACAGCGCAUUUGGUGAAUGAAUGUAACUGCUACUAUCAUUUAAGUUAGGCAUUAUCAAUAAGGACAAUCUGUGACCAAGAGCUGGAAUUAUUAAAGGACCAAUAAUGCCAGCAUUUGAAAUGCCUUAAAAGCAUUCACAGUUGGGACAGGUUUACUAAAAUUCACAAAAAAAAAAAAUUUACGACCUUUUUCCUGCUUUGUCAGGGAAACCAUGGUUUUCUGAUUAUUUACUUUUAUUAGUUUUUAGUUUUCGUUUGUUCAAAAUCAUGCAACAAAACAUUUUUGCACCCAGGGAAAAUUUUUGAUCAGAAUUUUCACCCAACACAAAAAUAAUGUUGGGUACUUUUCAGAUUAAUAUUAUGAUAGAAUUUUGGCAGGCUUGUUGUAGUUUUAAUCAUAGGAUAAAAUAUAGGUGAAAAGCACUGAGGGAAAGCUGGAAAAUGCUUUAGUAAGUAGUGCAAUACACAUUUACAUAUACAAAUUGUCAUAUUUAAGAACAAAGGGGAAUUUUUAGAAAUUUUACAAAUACUCACAGUUUAAAAACUUGUUUUUAGUAAUUCAUUUAGUGGAAACAAUUAACCUUUAGUAAAUAUGCCCUAUAAUGUGUAAUUUUGAAAGCAUGAUAUUUCCUUAGCAUGAUAUUUGUAUACCACUGUAUACAGCGUAUUAAGUUCUUGUAGUUUUCUGUUGGCUUUUGGCAGUUUAAGAAUAAAUAUUUGUAAGGCU